GUGUGAACGUGGCAGAGAGGUAGAGGUUGGAGUGUUUGUACAGUAAAGAGGGAACAGCUGUUGUUGCUCCACAGUCUCUUGUUCGGCUUUCUUCUGGCUUUUCUUUGAAUUGGAAACGUUUCUUCUGGGAUUUAUCGAGGAUAUUUGAGUCCAUAACUUUGUAAUAGUUUCCUAAAUUUAGUCCUCUGUGCUUCUAUAGCUGGAUUUUCACUUUCACUUCGUCAACGUGGGAUAUUGUUGGCUGUCUCUGCAGGUUGGGACACUUGCGUCUGCAGACUCAGAAGAUCAGAAGAAAGACAGCAACUGUGAUCUGGACGAGUUUUAAAAGGAAGCCAUAAUGGUGAAACUGAAAGAGGAGCUCUGGAGGACUCUGCAGAAUUUAAAAGAAGAAGAGUUUAAGCAUUUCAAGUGGUUCUUGGAGGAGGAGAAUCCUCUGGAAGGUUUUCCCGGGAUCCCAGUUUCUCGGUUGGAAAUGGCGGACAGGAAAGACACGGUGGAUCUGAUGGUGCAGAACUAUCAGGGUGAUGGAGCUCGGGAGUUAACAAAGAAGAUUUUAGAAAAGAUCGGGCGAAACGAUCUGGUUUUGGUUUUGGUUCGGAAAGACCCCAAGAACCAUGAGAAGAAAAAGCUGGCGGAGACAAAGGCUGAAAUGAAACAGAUGAUCCAGGAGAGACAGAAGAGGAUCGAUGAAAUCAGUCGAUCGGCGGAGAUCAGCAGUAAAUCAGCUGACAGACAUAUCGCAGACAGUAGGCAGGUCUUUGAGGUUUUACAGAAGUCUGUGGAGAGAAGUCUCGCUAAUCUCAUCGAGGAAAUUGAAACAAAGCGGGAAACGUCAAGAAAACAGGCCGACGGAUUCAUCGUAGAGCUUGAGAAAGAAAUCUCUGAGCUGACAAAAAGAAGUGCUAAGGUGGAGCAGCUCUCACGCACAGAGGACUUCCUGCAAAGCAUCCAAUCACUGCACGCUAUCCCCUUCACCACGAACUGGAUGGAGAUCAGUGUCACUCCACCGACAUAUGGAGGAAGUGUGGGGAGAGCUGUCACUCUGCUGGAGGAAAUAUUCAAGAAAGAGAAAGAGAAAUUGUUUGCGAAGGCCAAGCUGGAAAGGGUCCAGGAGUCUGAAAAGGAUGUGACUCUAGAUCCUGAAACAGCGAAUGCCUACCUCGUUCUGUCUGACGAUAUGAAAAGAGUCUACUGUGGUGAUGUAAAACAAAGCCUUCCAGACAACCCAGAGAGAUAUAAUCCUUCCAUAAGCGUUUUAGGAAAGCAGAGUUUCUCUUCAGGAAGAUUUUACUACGAGGUUCUGGUUAAAGGGAAGUCUUCGUGGGAGUUAGGCGUCGCCAAAGGGUCGAUCGCCAGGAAGGGGAAGAUCGAUGUGAGACCUCAAAAUGGCUACUGGACAAUAUGUUUAAGGGAUGGAAAUAAGUACAAAGCCUCUGCCGUAAAUCUCACCGUUAAACGCCAGCCGGAGAGGGUGGGCGUAUUCGUUGAUCAUGAGAAGGGUUCGGUCUGCUUUUAUGACGUAGAUUCUGCAGACGUGAUCCAUAACUUUACUGACUGUGCCUUCACUGAGGAACUCUACCCUUUCUUUAGUCCCGGUCUUCAUUACGAUGGUAAAAACUCGGCACCUCUAAUAAUCUCGCCUGUCAAUUACAGUGAUUAGAUUUGAUGCUUUAAAGCAGGGCUGUCCAAACUUUUUCCACAUACAGAAAAACAUACGAAGGGCUGGGCCCCUCAGUCAAGGUGAGGUAAAUGUCCUCUUAAGUUAUGAGUUAGUAAAAUCAAUCAAAUGUAUUCUUUAUACUUGAAUAUGCUUUAAGGAAGAAAAAAAUAGCUUUCCAUAGACUUUUAUUUAUUUAUUUUUCAGCUCCUUCCUUAAAACAGAGGCCUCAGAAUGCUUCUAAUAAGGGGGAAUAUGAAGGGUGUAUUUCAGGCUAUUUAUGCAAAUAUGUUUUUUGUUUAUCAUUUAAGAUUUGUUAGACCAAGUUCUCAACUUUAAUGUACUGAAUGUACCUGAGAAGUGGGCUUAUUAACACAUGAAUACUGUGUACUGUAUAUAUCACAGAAGUGCAAUAUAAGACAAGCACACGUUUCAUGUGUGGGCCGUACUCCAUUAUACUUUCAGAAUUAGAUGAGGGCCGUUUCAAAAUGGUCUGUUUACACAGAGGGGACACAUGUUGAUGUAGAAGAGACAUGAAGAAGAGGGGACACAUGUUGAUGUAGAAGAGACAU